AUGUAUUCCAACCCAGGCUCAGACUCAGACUCAGAGCUCCCCUACAUGGAGCCCCCUUCCAACGAAGCUCUCGAACCAAUCCGCAAACCCCCUCCCUACACAGGAACGCCCCUCUUUCUCUUCCUCUCCGACAUAAAACUCUUCUUCCAGGACUUCUUUUAUCUCCCCUACCUCUUUAUCCCUGGAAGUCCGCAAGAAUUGGUUCCAGAAGAAUAUCGACCUGAUCUCACGAACAUUCCAUCGGCCAGUAGUUGUGCCGGCGUUUUCUUCGAUCUCAUCCAAUGUCUUAUCCAACGCGCGCUCCUCUACGCAACUCAAGACGUACGAGAAUGCUACAUCCUCGUCAAAAACGCCCUUCUUGACGAUCACAAGAAGAAAGUAAUCCUUAUCCUCCACUCCCAAUGCGGAAUAGAAGGCGGCAUGAUCAUCGACUGGCUCCUCGAUGAAAUGCCCCUCGACAAGCUUCAAAAACUCGAAGUCUACACUUUCGGCAACCUCGCCAACCACUUUAGCAAUCCCUACCGUGGCAACGGCACAAGGUCUUCUGUUAUUCCUCAUAUUGAACAUUAUGUAAAUGAGAAGGACUCUGCGUGUCGUUUUGGAGUUCUUAAUUUCACGAGGCAUUAUACGCAGAAUGAGAAUCGGUUUGCGGGGAAGGUGUUUAUUAAUAGAGGGGGAGCAUCAGCUGAAUCAGCAUUAUCUUGAUGAUAUGUUCCCUUUGGAAAAGACGCUUCAGAGGGCGAGAGCUGCUACGGAGGGAGACUUUAUGCACAGAAAAGUUCGUGUUAGGACGGACGGUACUAUGAAAGUGACCACCAAGGCUGAACUCCCCCCAGGUUUUGUUGUGACGGGUGACGAG